AUGAGAACUGGCCCUCGUCGGCAAAACAAAACUGUUAAGCAGCAAGGAUCACGCUCAGAGGUCGGCCGACAUGAAGGCGAGAGGACCGCAGUCUCCGAUCCCGGCGUAAUGUCGAUUGAUGACAAUUUGAUCUCGUAUGGCGAAUCUCAACUCCAUCUAGAAGACAGUGCUGUAGGCAUAACAGACUCGGCAAUCUCUCCAUUGUCCAUGAAUCAAGAUAUCACGGUGCUCACAGACCAAGCCCCGGUUGCCAUGCAGCAUUCCACUACAAGCCCGUCUCCAAGCUCUGUCGAUCGGAACCUUGACGAUUCUCAUGCACCAGAGCCAGCAUCACCCGCGACUAACGAGACGAGUGAUGAUGCGGGAAUAUCGCACCAGAAUAACACGAAUUUGGCGGCAUAUAGCGCCGAGGUUUCGGAUCUACAGAAUCACAUCACUGUGGCCUUCGCCUCGUCGAGUGCAGAGACAGAAGCCACUGUGUUGCCUACCCAUUGCGCACCAGGAGAUUUCUUUGUCGAUGAUACCAUAGCAGAUUCCUGGCUGCCUCUUGAGGACAGCAACGAUGAGGAAGCCUCGGGCGUUAGAAUUACUGCGGGAUCGGAGUCCAUAAAUCACAUCUUGUCCCGGAUCAGCGACACUCCAACGUUACCGUCCUCAAUCCCCGAUCCUUUCGACGACUAUCUGUUCUGCCACUAUAUGCAGAAUCUCUCUCUUUGCCUUUACCCUAUGAGGCCUGAUUGCAACCCGUACCGUGACAUCUACGGCGACCUUGCAGUGAGUUCCCGCUCGCUACGAAGCACAAUACUAUUUGCCUCCGCAUCCCAUCUAGUAAACUUGGGAAGAUUGCCAAAAUUCGCCCUUCAGCCAUACCGCAAGGCCAUGAGAGUGGCGUUCCGAGAGGGUAUAGCCAUCGAAACCGAACUCGAAGGACUCGCUGCCACAGCUCUACUGUCGGUAGUAUUUGAUGUUAUUGAUACUGGCUUGGACACUUGGAGUACGAGACUUCUUGGGUGCCGUCGUCUACUUAAAAACGCCACAGAUAAAUCGAAUGGAACCAGUGGGCGAUUUCUGCAAUGCAUGGUCGUCCAGUACAAUUGGGCUGCUACUAUGAGCCGCACACUUCUUAGGGAUGUUGUGUCUCAGGAGAUUCUUGACGAGAUUGGAACCGUUAUCCAUGUCCCUGGUUCCGAUACGAAGGCUGGAAGGAAACAAGGGGCCAGAAUACAAUCCCUCUGGUGGCAUAAUCUCCCUGAUCAUGCUAUGCACCUCAUGUUCCGUGAGGUGACGGAUCUCGCAGCCCAAGUCCAUCAAAUGAAAACAUCCCGCAAAUCAGUCGACGAUACUCUUAAACUUAUGGCUCAUGCGGGAGAGCUCGUUCGAAGGCUGGAAAACUGGACCCCAGACGUGUCGAUGGUGGACCAAGAGCACACAGAUUCCGUCCAGCACUUUAACGCCAUAUGGCAGCUUGGAUUACUUUGUUUUAUCCACCAGGAAAUUUACACUCUCGAUUCCAGCGAUACUCGCAUCCAGAAAUUAUGGAGCCGAAUCGGCAACUUCCAAGGGCGAAAAUCAGAAAGAAUCCACGAAGCACAUGUUAGGUAUGGCUCUGUGGUUCGAGUUGGACCAAAUAAACUUUCUUUUUCAACACCCACUGCCGUGCAGGCAAUCUACACUUCCAAUGACUUUACCAAAGAAGAGAGCUUCUAUCGCGCGAAACGAAUCUUCCAUGAGAACCACUUGUUUAGUUUCAGAGACGCCGAAGCCCAUAAAACUCGCCGAAAGAAUUUCUCCAGAGGGUUUUCUCAAUCUUCAAUGCUCGAUUUUGAGCCCCACGUCUCUUCAAAGAUCAAGGCGCUUCUGAAUCAGUGGGCGACGAGAGCUAAUGACGGACCCAUCGACGUGUAUCCUUGGUGUCACUGGCUGGGAUUUGACGUCAUUUACCAUCUUAUGUUCGAUGAGGAUCCUGGGUCUGUGCCGCGGGGCCAGCCGCACCAGGUCAUGAGAUACAUCAAGGCUUGGAAACCCACCUAUAUCUAUAAAGAAUUUCUUCCUCAGAUGGAACAAUACGGAGUCUACGUACCUGGAACCAUCGGCGGAUACUUCAGGGAUGUUCGCACAUGGAAGAAGUAUGCACUCAAGCUUAUCGAAGAAAUACGCCAGAAAGACUCGCACACACCCUUCCUCCGAAAUGUCCUCAGUGCGGAGAAGAGCGGAGACGCGGCCCAGCCUCUGACGAACUCGGAGCUUGCGGAGGAAUGUAUGGGAGGCAUGUUCGGCGGAAGCGGAACUACAGCAAAUACGUUCGUAUACAUACUCUGGGCGUGUUUGAAACAGCCCAACGUGGUAGCAAAGCUGAGGUCAGAGCUCCUCCAAGCAUUCCCAGAGCCAGGAUUGGUACCCGACUACCAAACAUGCAGCAAGUUACCCUACCUUCAGGCUGUUAUCAAUGAGACCCUUCGAAGGUAUCCCACUAUCGUGGCAAGGUCGCCACGCACCGCAAAUAAUGAUACCGUAAUUGAUGGAAUCCCAGUACCUAAAGGGACUAUCGUGGGAACUCAGAACUUCACCAUGCAUCGCAAUGAGGAUGCAUUUCCAUCACCUGAGGACUUUAUACCUGAAAGAUGGCUGGCCGCUGAUGGCAAAGAAACUCUUAAGGCAUCUUGGACACCUUUUUCUGUUGGUUCUAGGAGGUGCAUCGGCAUCAAUCUCGCUCAAAUGGAGCUUUCCAAGCUUACUGCGGCUUUCUUUCUGAGAUUUGAUGCAAGGGUUGAUGAGGCCAUGACUGAGGAAGAUAUGAGAAUGUAUGACACGUCCAAUGCUGGUCCAGCUGGUGCGAGGUUAUUUGUACAUAUGCGGGAAGUAUAA